AUGUUCAGGGUAAUAGUGGUAGUCCUAACGGUCUUUGCCAAGUUGAUUAAACCUUAAUUCGUUUAAGAGUUUUCUGAUCCUUCUACUUAAUCGAUUACAUCAUUAAAUUCAGCAAAAGGGCAAUAGACCUUUUACCAAUUAGAUUUUUCAUUUUAAAAUAAUCAAAAUGAAUUUAAUAUCGUGUCUUCAUUGGGUAAGUCUUAAUUAAAUGUUAGCUUGAAAUUUCCUAAAGAAAUUACUUUACCAAGCAUAUUAAACUAAUGCUAAAUAUUUUCAAUAUUGCAGGGAGUAAGUAGCUACUAAAAUGUAGAUUGCUUAAUAAAUUAAUUUUCUAAUUCAGUUCAAUUCAACUUUGAUGGUUCACUUUUUAUACAAAAAACAAAUUCUAUUGUAUUUGGUCAAGUAGAUAAUCCAAAUAAUUAUGAAUAAAGCUCAGAUUUUGAGUUCUGUAUAAAUAAUAACUCAAAUAAGAUAAUAUGCUAAUUUAGAUUUGGAAAGUAGUCUUUUGCAAAUCCUCCAAUUUAAAUGAUAUCUGCUUAAGUAACGCCAAUUUCAUGGUUAAAAAUAUCAUCUGGAGCAAGUUAUUCGUUUAAAUUUUAGUUGGUUGGAAUUUAUUUAAGUGGUCACUCAAUUAGAAUAAUGUUUCCUUAGUAUUUUACAAGUAGUUCAGCCUAUGUUAGAAUAUAAGGUAAUACAUGUGAAAAAACUAUUAGUAAUUUACAUAUGGGUAGAGUGAUUGAGUGCUUAGUGCUAUCUUAGCCUCUUUCUGGCUUAGUUUAAGUUGAUAUAAUUAACAUGAUAAAUCCUAACUACUCUGGUUAUUUUAUGGGCUUUUAAAUUGAUCUUCUUAAGUAUAGCAGUAAUUUAAUUGUAGAAACAAUCCAAUUUGAUGGAUAGAUAUAAAUUUAACCUGGGAAAAUUUUUGCUUCCCUUGAUACCUCAGUUGAUAAGACUUUAAUCUCGUUUGGCAUUCCUGUAUAUUAUCUAACUAUUCAAACUGAACACAAUCUAUAUAAUGGUUAUAUUCAAAUCUAAUUUGACUCCUAAUGGUAAAUAACCUCUAAUACAUGUACAAUAUUGUAAAUCCAAGAUGAUGAUCCAGCUGAUUAUACUUGUUAACUUUAAGGAAGCAGUUUUAUUGUUUCUACUUUCACAUAACUACAACCGUACUAGAAAAUUAUCAUUGAAUUACCUAUAAUUUAACCUUCAAUCUAAGGUUAGUACAGCUUUACAAUUAUAUCAAAGCUAAGUGGAUCAAACUAAAUAGUAGAUUAUUCUUUGAUAAAUACAUAAAUAGGUUCAUAAAAGGGUACUUCUAAGAUAUUUAGAGCACAUCCAAUGAGAUAUGUAACAAAAUUAAAAGCAGGAUAGAGAGGUCCUAUUGAAAUUUUAUUAUUUUUAAAUGUACAAUUGCCUCCAACCACAAGCUUAACUGUGGGAAAAAUUGUUAUUACAAUUGUGCCUUAGGUUUAGAAGCCUGUAACCUAAUAAAAUGGAAUUUUGAAAUGCUUAUUUUACGAAAGAGUUAUGGCUACCAGCUGUGUACUUAACAAUUCAUAACCUGGAAAAACUAUAAUCACUGUAUAUACACCUUCAAACUAUUCGUUUUUCUAAAGCGAAAUACCACUCAUUAUCACAACAGAAGGAGCUAUUCCAGGGUAAUAAGAAGGUAUCCUUGUAAAUACAAUAUUGCAGAGAUACGAAUUUACAGUAUAAACAUUUAAUUCAGAUAAUCCAGUAGCAUCUCCUUUGGAAAUAUUUUAUGGAGAGUGGGUACCAGAUUCAUUUUAGCUUACAAAUGCUGUGAUAAAUCCUCUUGCACUAGAGCAGUUAGAAAUUUUAGUUGUUUCAAUAAAAUUUUCUUGUCCUGUUGAUUUGACUAUGAAUGGAAGUUCAACUAAUUAUGUUUUCAUAUUAUACUUCAUUAGUGGUGUUAACAUAGUUAUCCCUUCUGGCUAGAAUUCAAUAUAAAAUUUUUCAUGCUUUAUACAAGGCUUAACAGGAGUUAAUGUCAGAUGUGAUUUAUAUAAAGAUAGUAUUUAAAUAUAUGGAUUUUAGACUCUACUGGCUGGCACCAGUGUUACAAUCAUAAUUAGCGAAAUUCCUUUAACUGUGGCACCUAAUACAAUCUUAAAUCUGACAUUUUCAAUAAAUUAGAUUACUCCUGGAAUGCCUACUUAAUAUGUAUAGUUAUAUCAAAUUAAUUAACAAUGGAUCUUAUUCCCUUAAUCUUAGCCUAACACCUAUAAUAUGGAUUACGAAGUUAGUGUUUUGUAAAGCAGUGCUGUUAUAAAUAGUAUACCAUCAUUCAGUAUUUCUUACACGCUAAAUCCAAUUGAUACAGUUUUAUACUAUUUUCCUUCUUCAUUUAAAUAUAUAUUUACUUCUUCUACAUUUACAUGUGGAACAAGUACCUGUUAUUAUUUAGUAAGAGCUCCAUCUUCAAAUGGAUUUAUUAUACUUGAAAGUAAAGCUCAACCAAUAACAUUGAACCCUCCUAAUUAUAAUCAGCUAACUGUCAUCCCUUUAGGUGUAAUUUAAGCUCCUCCCUUUUAAGGUAGUUUUCCUGUUAAUAUGUAUGCUUUGUUUAACCAAAGAGUAAUAAAAAAAGCAUUUUUCUACAUAAAAUUCGGAAGUGAUUUAAUAAACACAGCGAGCUUUACUGUAACAAAUCCAGGAUAAUUUAUAAUUAAAAAUACUGAACACUACUUUACAGUAUCAUUUAUCACAAAAAACUACAUUCCAGAUUCAGGUUCUAUAUAAAUCUUUUUUCAUAAUGGGGUAACUGUAUAGACAAGUAGAUAUUAGCUUUACUGCUAAUUGCAAUCCCCUCAGUUUUAAAGUUUAUCUUAUUUUCCUAUUUAAUGCACUAAAAAUGAUUCUACAAACUCUUUCACAAUAACUGGCUUCAAAUUAAUAAAUUCAGGAGUUUAGCUAACGAUUACAUUAAGAUUACUUACUGACCCAGUACAGAAUCCAAUAAAUCCUACUUGCGACAUUUAUACUCUAGAUUAAAAUGGCAAUCCAAUUGAUUCAAUAAUUGGCGUUUAGAAUGCAAAUAAUCCUAUCACAAAUAAUAUUAGCUCUCUUCAAUAAUUUAAUAUUAUUGAUAACUAUUACAGAUAAAACGAAUAUCCCCCAAUUAAUUAUAUUGGACCAUUCAUACUUUAAUUUUAGUAGUCAAAUACUAUUGUAGCUGCCUUAAAUACGAUUGAAGUUCAAUUUGAUGUUGGUUUCUCAAUUCCUAAUGGCAUAACAUAAAAUGCGCCUAUGUAUUGCUAAAUUAAUCAAGUUAGGGCUUACUGCAAAGUAACAUCUUACACCCCUUAACUCACUGUACAAAUUUAUCCUCAAACAAAUCCUGCUGUUGUAGUAAGCUCAAAUAAUUAAAAUAAUUUACUGAUAUCUACAGAAUAUGUAAGCCCUUUAGAUGGGAUUUAGCAUCCGACUUUGGCAGAUGUUUAUUAAGUUUAAGUAAAGCUAAUUGAUUUAUUUGGAAAUACUAACUUGUCUACAAAGUAUACCAAAAUAAAUCCAUUAAAGUUGGUAUUCUUUUAUGUGAAAUCAUAUUGUAGCUCUCCAAGCUAGUAUAAUCUGUUAUUAUUUCAUGCUAGAUUUUCAUAAAACGUUUUAAAAUUCUCUGGCGGAGGAAGAAUAUAUAUUGUUUUUCCUACUUUUAAUUAAGCUGGGACUGGAUUAUUCAGUUCAAAUUUAGGAUUAAAUUAUGAUCCUUUUGUUGAUAACUUAGUAGCAUGCAACUUUUCAUAAUCUUAAAAUACAAUAAAUGCCGAGAGUGGAAAGUAGUUAAAAUGCAGACUAAAGCCCUAAGAUUACAAUACAGACAGUAUUAGAGUAGAAAUAAUCAAUUUUGACAAUAUUUAAGUUGACUAGGAAAUGUAUGUUUUUAUGACUUAGAUAAUGAAUCCAUCAAAUUUAAUUGUUGAUAUUACUUUUAAAAUUGAAGUUUAAAUUAUAGACCAGAUAAACGGUUCAAUUCUUUCUAAUUUGAAUCUUGAUUAUUUUAAUGUAUUUUUAAAUAUGCAAACUUCCACACCAAAUCCUGAUUUGACUAAUCCUUAUAUAGGAAAUAUUUUUAGCGUUUCCUCAAGUGUAGGAAGUACUAAUGUAGCUAUGAUCUCAAAUAGGGCCUAUUAUACUACUGCUUUUUCUGCUUAAGAUAUUUAUUAUGUUUAGCUACCUCCAACUAUUACUCCUACUUUAAACUUUCUAGGUUGUGAUGCAACAUAAUUUUUACUAUGUUUAUCAUUCCCUGAUGCUAAUGUUUUAGUUUACAUUACUAAUUAAAUUCCUGCGUUAACUUUCUCAAAUAUAAAUGAUUCAAUAAUUAGCUAAUUACCAAUUUCAGUCCCUUAGACUAACACAAUCUACUAUUCAUAUGUAUGGUAAAAAACUUUGUAUUAAGGAAGGGUUGUGAAUUAAAUAACAGCAAAUCAGUGGAAAUCACUGACUGGUAGUUUAAGUAAUGUAUCACUAAAUUUAAUGAAUAGCUAGACGCCUUUGAUUAAUACAGUCAAGACCCUUAUUCAACUUAAGUUCACAACUACUCAUUUUAUACCAGCUGGAGGCUCAAUAGUAGUUUAAUUUCCUACUGAUUUCCCAGCAAUUUAUAGUCACUGUGAAAGUUCUUUUUAAAAUGGCUCUAAGCUAUAAUCAAAUUAUUUAUCAAAUAGUGGAUCAUUUGGUUGUAGUGUUUAAAACAAUUUAUAGUGGGUUAUAAGCAAUAUAAAUUAAGUUUAAGCUAAUUCUAAUAUAAUAAUAACUGGUAAAGUAGAUCUACCUACUUCUUAAAUAACUACAUAGAGCCUUUAAAUAACAACUUUAAGCACAGGUUUCAGUGCAAAUACAUUAACAUCUGGUUAUUUAAUAGAUUAAAUUUUAAAUGCACCAAAUACUGUGAUAAGUAUGUCAUAAUACUCAACCAUGUUGUAACCAGAGGUCGAUUAUGUUGAUAUAUAACAAGAUAUUUUAAGAAGCAACUUCAGGGGACCUUUAAGGAUGCAUUUGAUUGUUAAUGACAACGUUUUAGGUAACCAGGGGAAAUUUUAAAUAGAUUUGUUCAGAUAUUCUGUAAAUAGAAAGAAUACAGGAGGAUUUCCUUACAAUUAAAAUGAUAAAUAUGUAUGUGGAUUUGAAAGUAAAAUAAAUGUAGGGAAAAAAAUAGGUUGCUUGAUACUUAGCAUUUCGGAAGUAAACACAUCAAAUACUCAAAAUAGCUUGAGGAUUAUAAUGCUUCCUAAUGAGCAAUUGAAUAAGAAUGAAAGAUAUGAGCUUGUGUUAACAACAGUUAACGGAAUUAACCAAGAAGGAAUAUAAUUUGGAAUUAAUCCAGGUACAUUUAGAAUCUCGCUUGCUUGUGAUCCUUAGGGUUUGAGUGCUUUUAAAACUAUAGAUCAAGUUUACCUUCAAAUAUACUCAAACGAUUUUAAGUAAAUACUAGUAUAAAGCUUAAUUAACAUUCCUGGGGAAUGGAAUUUAAUAUUGCUCAAAAUUUAACCUUAAGUUACAAUAAAAGUGACAGAUUAGAUCAUUUUAGAGUUUCCUGUUAUCUCUCUUGAUUCAAAAAACCUUUUUGCAGAAAACGGAGGUUAUUCAAGUCUUAAUGACUCUGAUAUUAUUUUAUAUGAUUUAGUUGAUGCUUCUCUGAGUUUAUCUGCAGUAAAUUUUAGUAUGACUUGCAGGUUUUUUAAAGGCUACAGACCUUUAAAUUAAAAUUUAAAAUUCAUUUGCUCUCAGCUAUCAAAUUAAAUAACAAGUGCUGACUAUAUUUAGAUAGCAAUAUCAAUAUAGAACCCAACCAUACCAUUAAAUAGUUAACUCUCCAUCCCUAUAUAGAUAUACACUUAUGAUAUUAUCUAAGAAGCAAAAACCCAUUAUAGACAUGAAAUCAAUGCCAUUCCAAUUCUUAAUCCAGGAAUGAGUGAUGUAACAGGAAUAAAUGGAGAUUUUGAUUUAGGGAAUAGUUAAAAUACUGUUUGCCACUAUUUGGUGUAAACUAUUCAUUUUAGAGCAUAACAAUCACAAUAAUUAUAGUUUACUAACUAAGAUGUUUAUCUGCUAAGAUUAAAUUUUCCUUUAUAUUUAAACUAACCAACGUCUUUGGUUAGCUGCCAAUAUAAUAAUGUUGCUCCUACGCCAUUUAAUUCUAACUGUGCAAUACUUGUUAAUAAUGGAUAUAUUUUGGUUUUUCCAUCUUAAUCUGGAAGUUUAAACCCAACAAACUUGGUCUGGAUUAAUAAUGCCUUUUUUACUCCUUAUAGCAAAUUAGAAAAUGCUGCUUAAAGAGUUGUUAUUGGAUUUGCUUAUUAUAGUUCUAGAAGGCUAACAGAAAGAAUAUAAUAUUUUGAUAGCUUCCCAUAGCUAUUAACUUAAGUUAGUUCGAGUGUUAGUAUGUCUAUAACUAGUAAAGGAAACAUUAUUCCAUAUCAAAAUAUAAAUAUGGACUACAUCUUUACCAUCACUGCCCCUUAUUGGUCAAUAGUAAAAAAAUUAGCUGUGGUUUUUCCUAUUUCAUCAGGAUUUUCUUUUACUUAUUCUAAUUGCAAGGAAGCAGCAACAUCAUAAGUGUAAAUUUAAAGAUGCGAUAUUGAUUCAACAAACAAGAUUAUUUGGAUUACAAUAUAGAAUUCUCCAAAUCUUCCUUAUUUUAUUAAUGAUGGAACAUUAAAUCUCUCUUUUUAAACACUUUCUCUUACGAUGGUUAACCCUUAAAUAGCAGCCGCAACUUAAAUUAUUCCUUAUAAUAAUUUUGAUCUAAAAUUCUAUUCUUGGUACACAGCUCCAGCUACAGCACUGAACCCAAGAGCUUCUGACGAUUAUGUUUGUUUUAGCGACAACAAGUAAAUGGCUGGAGGACUAACUAUAACAGCAGAUAAAGCAGGAGUUUAUCCUGUAGUCCCUAAUUUAUUUGACUAUAUACACUAGCAAUAUUUUGAUGAGUUUGUAGCCUAUAGCAGGACUCAAAGAAUCCCUAUAAAAGUUGAGGUGGAAAGUCCUGUAAAUAUACCUGCUACAACUUGGUAAUUAUCUCAUAAAAUAAUUGUUCACUAUAAUGCAGGAAUUUAAAUACCUACUCCAAGUACAAAAAAUGAUCUAUUAGUAGAUACUCUGGUUUGUUAUGUUAAUAAUAUGAGAGUAAGAUGUACAAAUGAUUCCACUAAUUUACAAAUUAUUGUUGAAUUCAUAGAAGCUUAACCUUUGGGUUCAAAUAUUUACAUUUAUGUUUCAGCUGUAGAUCCUAAUAAUUUAGAGAAGGAUGGAUUUUUCUAUAUUGGUAAUGAUGGCGCUUAUUCAAUCAAAUAUGAAAUUGUUAUAAAUGGAGGAAAUUCCUAUUUUCUUCAUUCAGAUUACUUUUCAGCUUUCUAUUCAACUCAAAACUAACCAAUCACACCACCUCACAGAGGAAUUGAAGUAGGAUCAAUCACUUCAGCCAAUAACUUUAAAGGAGCAAUAAAUGUUCUAGAGUUUACUCUUAGUUUUGAUAGAUCUGAUAUCAAAGGACUGGUUUUUGAAUUUCUGACCGUUGACCAGCUUAAAAACUAAAUUUACACAACAACCACCAUGCAUGGGUUAUAAACUGGGUCUCCUUUUCCUUGCUCAAAGGGUAUACCAGUACCUAACUCUUCUCCUGAUUGCAACUUAAAUCUAAGCAGCCCUACAACUACUGGUUGUCAAUUUCCUAUAAAAUGUUUUAUUGAAGAAGGUCAGAUUACCUAAUUCGGUAAGCCUAUUAGAGUUCAUGCAUUUGGAUUUGCAUAUACACCUAAAUAGCCAGAAACUUUUAGAUUAAUGGUUUAAAAUCCAACUGGUACUCUUGCAGGCUUAGCUACUCCCAUAGAUUUUCUUAUUGUAGUAAAAGCGUAUGGAGGUAAUUAAAAUUAUCAAUAUCCUUAUGGAAAUGAAUUUAAAGGUGACUAUUCUUUCCUAGGUGUUAUCAGUUUAGUUUAAAAUACACCAAAUAAUAUUCCUCCUGCUGCACUUGUUCCUUCAUCUGCCCUGUGGCAAAUUAAUACUCUAAAAUUUACAACAAACUAAGUCAUACAAUCUACUAGUUAAUCAAGUCUCAUUUAGAUAGUAUUAGCUGAUUAAACUGACUAAAAUAUUUGCUUCUUUGCGCCUGACCAAUAUGUUAGAGACAUUUUUUAUUUAUAAGUUUUUCCUACACCAACUACAAUGGUUAAAUACGUUUAUGCUUAUAGAUUAUUCUAAGCUUCAGAGAGUUCUGCCAAAAUAUUUAAUCUUGGUUCGUUAAAGUGUGAGCAUUACAGAUAUAACGUAGUUGUCAAUCAUUUUAUGUCAGGAUCUCAAGAUGUGUUGACUUAUACAUUAUCAGAUGCUUAAUCAGUAUCAAAUGCUUAAUUGCUCUUAGCUCCAAAUGUAAAAAUUCAAUAUUUUGAUUUCCUCACAAUUUAACAGAAUCAGCCAUCUCAAACUCUUGUUAAAAUCAAUAUUUCGUAACUGCUAACUUAUUUUACUCCUUUUUAUGGAAAUAUAAUAUCUUUAGAAUUUCAAGGAACCUCACAAACCAACACAAUAUUUCAAAAUGGAGCUACUUCUUGCACAGUAAUGAGUGGAUUAUCAAUUUUGAAUACACCUGACCAUAUUGGAGAAUAGGUGUAAUGUGCAAUAGAAACAAAUACUAUUUCUGGAGGAAUUGCUACUAGGCUUAAGAUAAGCAAUUUUGAUUCUAUUAUUAACUAUCCUUAUGUAAAUUCUCUUGGUGCUGCUCUUCCAUAAAAAGAUAUGGGUUUAAAAAUUAGGAUUAUGCAUACUAAUUCAUAAUAUAGUCCUGUAAAUCCAAUUUAAGUAAUAUUUACUUACUAUGCUAAUUCAGCUGCAUACUUGCCUAGCACUUCUUAAGGUCAUCUAAUGUUUUAUUCAAUAUUGUCUCAUACACCUGAUUAUUCAUUUCCAAUGCUUACAACACCUAAUAACUAAGGUUUCAUUAAUCAAAGUUUGAACAUAGGAACUUAUUACAAAAUAACCAAAAUUACAAAUAAUGCUCUAGGACCUUAAAAUAAUAUUUAAAUAACCAUUGAUUUUUAAACAAACCAAGACAUGUAUAUAGGAGGAGAUUGUACAAAUACACCAUAUUGUAUGACCUGCACAUGUGCAUAGGCAUGUACUGCAAAUAGAUAGUAUUGGGGAUAUUGGUAUUUAUAUCUUUUCGGACUAGAGCUAGAUUAAACAUAAACCGCAUGCACAAUAGAUGUUCUUGGUAGAUUAAAGUAACCAAAUUCACCAUUUGAUCCUGAAGAAGUGAUAUCUUGCUAAAUUAUUUAUAGUUCAAACGGAUACGCUAUGAUUUAUAUGGGGUUUUUCGAAUAAUUUUAAGAAAUGGGAAGUAUCCUUAAUUAUAAAAAUAAACCUUGGGAGAUUUAUAUCACCUUAAUAAAUUAAACCUUUGCUCCAACUAACACAUAAAAUUAUGUAUGGUCCAGGUUCCACAUUUACCAACAAAAAUGUUUUAAUCCCACAUCAAGUCCUAGCACUGUUUUAUUAAUGGAAAAUGUAUUUACUUACACAACAGAUUAUCUCUAAAUAGGAAAUACUCCAAGUUUUAGCUCUCUAACGCUUGAACAGUUAUAUACCACUGAAUACUAGUUCUCUUUAAAUAAUGUCAAUUUAAAUAUUGGUGUUUCAUAUAACACGGUACUUUAAUUAGUUUUUCCUUCAUAUGUAACAAAUUUUAUCUAUGCUACUGACCCUACAAAAGAAUCAUAGUAAAUAUCUUGUCUUUGCUCAAUACCAUUGGGAAGCCCUCUAACUCCAUAACUAUGCUAUAGAAGAAUACCAAUAAAUCUUUUUUAAGCUUCAGUUUUGCUAUACAUUAAUGUGAAAUAGGGUGCUUCUAUAACUUGCUAUAUCCCUGAGAUUAUAAAUCCAUCAGCAUAGAAUAAUUUAGGUGUUUUAAUAAAAGUGACUAGCCCUUCAAUAUAUAGUGAUUAUUAAGGUGUAGGUGGAUAUGCAAAUGUCUAUUAAUAAACUAUCUUAGUUAAUAUAUUAGCUUAAAGUACUUUGAAAACUGGUACUUUUGAUAUAGAUCCACCAACCUUCUAUAACUCGAGGUAAGUAAAUGAGCAACCACUUGUAAGAUUUGCUGUAGAUGUUAAUUCUCAAUUUUUUAAUUGGCCUUACAUUUAUAUCAGAUUACCAUCGAUUGGACCUGUACCCACACUUGAUUUUUGUAAUUCUCCAAUAUUUUUGAAUAAUAGAGUAUAUUCAGUUUAGUCUCUUUUGAUUGUGUGCUAAGUUGGAUAAAAUCCAACUUAAAUCACAGUGUUUAAAGGUUCACCUCAAUUGAUGAUGCCAGCUAAACCUUUUACUUUUACAAAUUAUGAGCUAGAUAUUUACGUAUUUGAUGGGACAUAAGGAAUUAUGACACACUAAUUUUAACAGCUUUUCCCUUCUACUAAUUUCAAUCUAGCAUAAUCUACUCUCUUCUAAGUUACAAACAUUUUCUUAACUUUAAAUGUUGGCUUGCAAACUUAGAUAUGCGCAGCUACAUUCCUUUUGAGUAGUUUUGUCAUUCCUAAAAACAAAGGAAGAAUACUCAUUUCUUUUUCUAAAACAUAAGUUCUAUUAGCUAAAAACGCAUGCUUUGUUGUGGUUGAGUAGUAAGCAAUUCCUGAUUUAUAAUGUUACUAUGAUGGUUCUAAUGCUAUUAACCAUAGAUUUUGGAUUUAUAGGACUAUAGCUGAUUUAAACACUUAAAACACUAUCGAUGUUUAUUUUAGUGUAUAAAAUAGCGGAACCAGCAAUAUAGAUUUUACUUUAACAUUUUAUUACUCAUACAUUUCAGACACUAUCAACUAAGUAUCUGUAUAAAAUAUAUUUACAUAAAUAAUAUAAACUGCUGACUCAUCUUCUACCAAGCUAUUUUUAAGCUAUAGCUAUAUGAAGCUAUAUCCUUUUGUACCUAAAAUAUAUACUCUUCCUAACACAUCUGAGAGAUUUUUUAUAACCUUUCAAAAUGCUAUCCCAUUGGUCCAGCAUAUGAGAGUGUUUACAGGAAAGACUGUAGACGUCUCCUAGGUAUCUAUAAAAUGUACUCUUAGAUAAUACGAUUCAGUUAAAUUAAUGUCAUAUAAUACAUUUUUAUGCUCAGCUUCUAUAUUCGAUCCAACAGGUUCUCCUGCAUUUGAAAUUUUAUUUAAUAAAGUUUAAUUGUAAUUGCUACCAAAUGUGAAAUACGAAUUUAUCAUCUCGACUUUAAAUAACAAUUAAAUAAUUGGAUUUUAAAAAGAUACAGUGAAUACUUAUAGAGAAGUUUGGAUGUUUGCUAGAUAGCUAAACUAAAAUUUACUUUUUUAUACACGCCUACUUCACUAUUAUGAUUAAGGUAUAUAACAAAUACAAUUAAGCAGCCUAUAUUAUACUUCAGGUUUAUAGUAGUAGACAACUAGCUUAUUUCUUCAAUUUACUCUAACACCUGCUUUACCAAAUGGUUAUCCAACAAGUUUUAUUACAUUAACAUUCCCUGAAUUAACGAUUGCUUAGGCUUUCCCAACAGCAAAACCUGGAGAUACUAUUAACUGCUAAUUAAGCACUACAUUUUAAUAGAUAAAUACAAGGAUCUUAAGUCCUAGAUGCAUUAUAAUUCCUAAUGAAAAUGGUUAAUUAUAAAUAAGAAUCGAAUAAUUUAAUUCAGUAAGUGCAAAUACUUAAUUUUCGAUAGCUAUUGAUGACAUGCUACUUCCUGCCAAAUAUGUUUUAUAGUGGUGGAAUAUGAAUGUGUUAAUAAGUGUUUAUUUAAAUGAUACUACUCUUUACUUUUUAAGAGUCUAAUAACUGUUAGUUGUUGAUGGUGUUACUCCAACUCCUACUGUAAAUACAAUAGGGCCUUUUAAUUUUAAUUCUCCUACCAACUUAGUUCAAGGUUAAACAAGUGAUUAUCCUGUUUCUAUUUUGAAUUAUCCAAUCAACAGUAACUAUUAUGAUAUGAAUAACUUUAGUGGCUUCAAAAUUAGAUUAUAGUUUUUUAAUGGUAUUCUAGCAGCUAAUAAUAUAAACAAUAUCUCAAUUUAAUAAUCGUAAGGAGCCACCUCAUCUACGCUUAAUAUUUUAUGGAUUAAUACCAAUACUAAUAGUAUUUAUAUGAGUGCCCCAUUAAUAAAUUAGUCUUAAUAAAUGAAUUUCAUCUUCAAAAGCCUCACUAAUCCCUAUACUUAUCAGUAACUAGCUUAUGGCAUUAAUCCUUAUGUACAAGCUAGUUUUUACCAAGGCAAUAAUAUGCAAAGAUAAACUCCUCUAUUGUCCCAUCAGUUAGCAUAUACAGUAAAUUUAAAUUUAAAUCCUAAUAUUGCUUUUAGCGUAUUCUAAUAUUCAACACCAUUUUUGAUACAGAUUUCAAAUCCUUUUAAUCUUGAUAAUUAAAUUAUUGCUGCUUUAAACCAAAGAGCAGUGUGUGAAAUUUAAUUUUAAAUUAAUGCAAACUCAGCAACAUUACUUUAAAGAAAGAUUAAAAAAAUCCAUUUAGUUUUAACUUCAGGAUUCUCAACUCUUGAAAACUGUUGGAUUACUACCUUAACAACCUCAACUUAUUUAAACUAGUUUUAAAGCUGCCAUAUUACUGCAGCUAAUACUAUUGAUAUAUUGAAUGUUAGUGAUUUUAAUACUGCAUAAGGUUUCUCCAUUUUUAUUCAAGGUCAUGUUAUAUCUAAUAAUGUUUAAUAUACUUUUGAGUUAUAAACAAGUGAUUAUUUGGACGAUUCUUCUAGUCCCUAAACCUAUACCAUAAAUUAGUUUGAUCCAGUUGCUAAAAUUUAUACUGAAUAUGAUUUUCUUUAAUAAAAAUAUAUAUUUGGAUACUAUGAAACAGCUUUUACUUAAUUAUUUUACUAAGAUAUCACUCCUUCUUUAGUAUUUUACAUAUACUUUGACUCUAUAGUAUCGCUGACAUACAAUACAAAUUACUUUGAAGUCUCCACAGCUACUUUGAUUCAACCUAACUAAGCGAAUGGAAUUAUGUGCUCAUUCUCCCCAGUCCUAGCCUCAUCUGAUCUUGGUUUAACAAUAUUUUGCUCUUGUUUGUACAACACUGGUACAAAAAGUUAUUAAAUUUAAAGCCCUGUAGGAGGUUUAAACACUAAUCAAUAAUAUGCUUUGAAGAUAUAAGAAGUAGUUUAGAAUAGCUAAAUAUAAUUGCAAUCUAUUAGUAACAAUGGAUAAGAGCUUAUAUUUUUUAAUAUACGCACAGCUACUACAAACACACUUAUAAAACAAUAAACUUUAUCACUAUUUUUUAUUACAAGAUUUAAUACUAUAAAUAUAAAACACGCAACUACUACUGCAACAUUUUAUGAUGUGAUUCAGAUAAAUUUUUCUGUUACAAAGGAUGUGGUUCAAAACACAAAUGAAGAGGUACAGCUUGCCCUAUAUAUAGAAGGUAAUUAUUAUCUAUAAGAUUUAGGUAUUACACAAGUAUACCAAAGUGAUAAUUUAGGUCCUUUUACAAGUGGUUAAUAAUUCAAUUGCAUAUUAACACCAAAUCUUUAAAUUGGAGUCUAUCCCAACUGCAUCCUUUAAUUUGGAUAAUACUCAAAUAAAUACGAUUAAAUUAGAAUUAUUGUUUCAAAUAUAGGAAAUGUGCUAAGUGGUACUACCUACACUUUAAACAUAGGAAUGGUUUUAAAUCCAUUAACUAUUUAAAACACUAUUGAUUAUACCUUUUUAAUAAUUAAGAAAAGAAUAAGCUCCUUUACUACAGAAUAAAUAUCACAAUUUAUCUAUAAGAAGAGAUUAUUAAAUCAUGAUUACGUGAAAGAUCCUUCACUUGCUGUAGCAUUACAAAAUACAGACUUUAUCUUAUACAACAAUAUAAAUAACCAAAUUUAAACAAAUUAGCUUGGAAUGGCUAUAUCUAUUUUUAACACAAACUUAGUCACCACAAACUAAAUUUUAUUAAAAUAUGAUAAUACUUUAAACGGUAUUCUAAAUCUGCAGUAGGUUCUCUCGAAUUUAAUAAUUGCUAAUUGCUAAGUUGUUUAUUUUCCUAUAAUCAACCUAGUAAUGCUGACUCCUUUAUAACCAAUAGCAAAGCCAGCUUCAUUUAAUUUAGGCAGCUCGUACUUGAGCCAGAACUAUCAGAGUUAGUGGGGAUUUUCUUUAGUUUGGAUAACUGAUUUUUCAAUAGCAUAAACUCUUUACUACAACAAUAAUCUUUAAAGAAAUACUCUUAGUACUAUUACAGAUUUAUCAUUAAAAAAUCUAAAUAGGAUUUCAGGAGUUUAAAAUGUGGGAAGCUAAAAUCUUUAUGAAAUCAACUUUUUAACUCCUUUCAUACCAAAAUAAGGCAUAAUAAAUAUAAAUUUACCUCCUUAAUUCCAUUUUUACAAAAGCUAACUUAAUAGCAUAAAAUUAGUUUAAAAUUUUAAUUUGAAUCCUAUAUAUUCAACAAUAAGAACAGUUUAUAUGGAUUCUACAAAUGUCAUCCAAAUUUAUUCCUUUGGAGAUAUUCCUACAAAUACAAAAGUUACAAUUAGACUACUUUUAGAUAAUAUGAAUUCAGGUCAAGCAAUAAAUCUUUUAUCAAUUUAGAUACUGGGUAAUCUUAAAAUUGCAUCUAGUUUAAUUGUAUAAAGUAGUGUAGUAGUUGGUGUCGCUAUUUUUAGUCCUCCAACAAUAUCAUCAAGCUUACUGCUUCUUUAAAUAACCCCAACUCAUUUAGUCACUUACUUCACCUAGGAAUUCAAUGCUUUACACUUACAAAUAUCUACAAGUUUAACAACCCUUAUAAAUGGAAAUAACUUUAUUGAAUUAGUAUUUGAUCAAGCAAAUGCAUAAUGGCAGUUUGCUUAGGGUUCAAACAUAAUUAAUUACAUGAAGUAUUAUCAAUCAUGGCCAAUUUAAGUCAUUCAGGGUAGCAAUAACAUAGCAGUGAAUAUACUAUAACUCCAGACCUUUCCUACUUAUGAUAUAUCAUAAAACACUAUUUUUAAAAUUUUAUUCACUUCUGUCCGUGCAUCACCAGAUUACUAAGAAGGUAUUUAGUAUCCAAUAAGAGGCGUACUCCGUAAUAUAGUUUUAAAUAUCAGAAACUCAGGUACAAAUGUACUUGUAGAAAGUAGUUAUAUUGAAUAUGAACCUUAAGUUAAAAAAGACAAUAGUUUCAAGUUAAGCGUAUCAGCAGGAGAUGAAAUAAGAAUAUUGUUUGAAAUGAACGAUGAAAUAAAUCAAAUUUUUAUACCUUACCUUGGUUUUAAUUAAGCAAUACAGUUAAUUUAAUGUCAAGAAACUUCUUCACCUCUAGUAAUUUCCCCUACGUCAGCCUUGCAGUGCUAUCUAUAUUCAAACUAAAUAAGAAUACCUUUCCUUUAAAAUGUCACUCCACCUUCUGUAAUAUCUUUUUGGAUAAGCAAUAUUAUAAAUCCAACUAUGUAAACCACUAUUGGAAUCUACUUGUAGAUUAUGACUUAUUGCAGAGGAAAUCAAGGUAACUUAGAAUAAAACGAUCACAGAUGUAUAUUAUAUCACUCAAAAAAUUACUAUACAACUUAGCCUUUGCCACCAAAUGGGAUCUAAUAUAGCCUUUAGGCAUCACCUAUGGUUCCUAGCACUAAUGUUGUCUUUUUAAUGGCUAGCCACACAUACUAGAUAGUUUUCAAUAAUGCUGUACCAGCUAACAAAGAUAUUUUGAUUACUUACCCUGAUAAUCAUAUACAUACAUAAUCUUGCAACUCAGCUUAGGGAUAGUGUUAAAUAUUAAAUAAUAGAUCUCUUAUAUUUAAUCCUUCGACUGCAAUUAAUGCAGGAUAAACUUAUAGCUUUACUUUGAAUAAUGUGUAAAAUGGUAUAAGUUUAUCAAGCUUAUCCCAAGAUAAUUAUAUUUACAUUGAGAUUUAUGAUGGUCAAACAUCAUUAAUUUCACAAGCAUAUAAAGUCAUAUUUAAUCCUUAUAUUCCCUACACUUAAGGAAUAUCUGCAUCCAUAUCUAAUACACAAACUUAAAAUAUUUACUUAAAAGGAAAUUUCUAAAAUUUAGCAUAACUCUUAGUUUCUAACAUCUGGCAUGAUUCAUAUAUUAAUAACUUUGUGAUAUGGAAACCAGCAGUCAUUUAGGGUUUUAUUGAUUAAAGCUAUUGCAAUGCUACUUUACUCAUACCUAAUCCAAAUCCAUUUCCACUUAUUCUAUAAUGCUCGAUAUCUGCAUCUGGAGAUGCAAUUUAUAUUUCUUCAAACGGAGCUGCAUAUUAAGCUACAUUUUCUAGUCUAGUUUUAUCAGUUUAUUUUAAGGUUAUUAUAGAUUCAAAUUUCCCUCCUUAAGGCGUUCCUGCUGGAUUUACUGAUAAUCUUAUUGUUUAUGGAUGUGUUCAGUCAUGUAAUACUAUUAAUCCAAGUAGAUUUUAUCAAACUAUGGCAACAACAUAAUUGUAUGUGUCUAAUGAUAGAGUCCCUUACUAUGCUGGAAUAUCAUGGAACUAAUAUGCUUUCCAUUAAGCUAAGUCAAUAUUCGAAGGUGAAGCUAGAUUCUAUGGUGUCAUUUAGCAAAGCUCACCAAACUAAAAUGUUAAUAGAAUAAUUUUAUAGAUCGAAGAUAGCUUUUUGUAUCCUCCUAUCAUGUUUAUAUAAGGCUGUUAAAUAUACAAUAACCAAGUAACCAUGUAGCUUGAUAAGUGCUAGUUAAAAUAAGUUCAAGGCUAAUCUUAAAUUGAAAUAGUUCUUUCCUCAGGAUAUUUUUUAUCUCUCUAACCUAACUUCUUUUACAUUUAAACUUAAGCUUAGCAAUUCUAAGCACCAGAGUAUCCAGGUUAACAUUAUUAAAUUAAAGUCGAUUUAUACCAAGCUAACACUAGCAAUCCUAUUGAAGAAGUGUAAGUUUUCUUUUCAAGAGUUAUUGGAGUCUAAUUUAACAGGAAUAAUAUGCAAUUCUUGAAUGGUCUAGAUGCUAAAACUCCCAACUUAAAUGAGCUUAUUUUUGUUACUUCAAAUGUCCCAAUACCCUAAGGCUAUCUUAGUUAAGAUUCUGACGUAUAUUCAGAGAUUCAUGUUCUUUUUGAAUGGAUACCUUCUGGUGUUUAAAAAGGUUCAGGUUAUGCAGCAGAUAUUGGAACUGGGCUUUAAGAUGGAUAAUAAUUAGAUUGUAUAAGUAAAUCAGGGCUUAAUUUUGCUUAAGGAAAAGGCAUUAAAUGUUAUCUUAAGAUUGCUUAGACAAGUGAUUCAACAAGCAGAAUAAGAAUUUUAAAUUAUGAAGAAAUUAGCCCUAACACACAAAUAGAUCUAAUUUUUAUAGGUAUUUAAUCUCUCGAUAUAAAUGUUUACGGUCUUAUAAAAGUAGCAGUUGAGUUAGUAUUUAAUUAUUUAGAUCCAGUAGUUUCGAUUCUCAACAGUGGUCUAAAAUCAAAUACUUAUGAUCAAGCUAUAAACAGGUCCUAUUUGUAUAUGCCAUCUCCUUUAAUACCAGAUUUAACCUCAUCUCUUUAAGUUAAUACAAAUGCAAAUCCUACUAUAGUUACGCAAACUGGUUCAACAACGACUUUAGGUUAUAGCUCAUUCUCAUUUACAUUCACCUUAGGAUCUUAAAAUUUAAAAACAACUGACUACAUUGCAUUUAUUUUCCCUUCAGGUUUUAUUCCUUAGCACAUUAUUGAUUUCUCUGGCGUGACUAGUCCAUAGGGAUCAAGUGUUUAUGUCUUUAGUCUGGGUAGUAUAAUAUUUGUAUAACCUCUAACAUAACAGAAUAUGAAUUCCGUUAUUACUAUAACAAUAAAUAACCUAAUAAAUCCAUUUUUUACCAUUCCAUUAGGAGUUUUGCAAAUUAAUGCAUUUACUUAUAUUAACAGAAAAUAGGACACAUCUUACAUUUUUAAUUUAUAGAAUUAUCACAACGACUACAAUGCUUUAAUUUCGAACACUAAUUUACAAUACAACUCUACUAUUGCAAAAACUAAAAAUGUUCAAUACACAAUUUCAUUCUAAUUAAAUCAGUAUCUUCCUAACUAAGGAAUUAUUUAGGUUAUUUUCCCUACUAUAACUUUUAAAAGUUUAUAUUAACUAGAUGGGUUUUCUUGUUAUUUGGAUGGAUACUAAGAUUAAUCUACUUGUUAAGUAGGAGGAUACAACAAAGCUAACAUCUACCUCUAGGAUUUGCUUUUAGUACCAACUAGUAUAUACACUGUAGUCUUAAAUAAUAUACAAAAUCCAAGUAUUGACAUAUCUCAAGUAAGCCAAGCUCAAUACUUUUCAUUAGCAGUUUAUUACAAUUCCCAAUAUUUAAAUAUCAACUAGCCUUAUUCUAUGGUUAGUAUUGGAUACCCACUUAUCACAUAAAUUUAUAUUAGGCCAAUUAAUUUUGUAGUUUAAGUCGAUUAUCCCAUCUACCAAAUAGAAUCUUUACAUCAAUUUCAAAUUCUUUGCAAUUUUGAUUUAUCAGAAAACUCUAGGAUAGUAAUCAUUUUAGGAUAAAGUUAUAACUACUAUUCUUAAUAAAGCGAUAGUUAAACUGAAAUAUAAUGCUCAUCUCCAUAUAUACUAUCAGACACUUGCUUAGUCUAAUAUUCUUUAUUUGAAGGAAGCUAUACACUUGAAGUUUAAACAGCAUUUGUACCCUCCCUUUAAACUUUCUAAAUAUCUGCUAUCUUAAUGAACCCAUCUUACUACCCAAGUCCUGUUUUUUAUUCAGUAAAAAUUUAUGAGCAAGGUUAAAUUUACUAAUAUUAUGCAUCAAGUACAAUUAAUUCCAAUCAAAGACUUUAGCAGACCAUUUAGUUCUAUCCAAUAUAAAGUAGUAGUAGUUCUACAGAUGCUUUAAUUUUUAGUAGUUCAUUUAUUCUCACUUAGAAUAUACCAAGUUAAUCUAAUUAACAAGCAUAUUAUAUUUUUAAGUUAUGCUAAAAUAAUAAUAAUUUAAAAAAGGUAUUUGGAUUAUCUUAAAACCAAGUAAUAAUGACCUUAAAAUUUCCAGAUAACUUUGGAAAUAUGAAUUCAUACUAAUCUAGUAUUGAGUAUUUUAUAGAUUACUAUCAGCCUGAUUAAAAGAUAUACUCAGUGCUUAUGAUUGAACAGUUGAUUUCUGCUAUGAAACUAACAAGAGUUUCUUCAAUUAAUAACUUAUAGAGCUAAUUUUACUCAUAAAAUACUAUUCAGUUUGUCUUAAACAUUUCUUAACUAAACGAUCUAAAUAUACUGAAUUCAUGGAACUAUUUAAUUAUCAAAAAUGUUAUAAAUCCUUAAAAAUAUUUGCCUUAAAAUUUUGAGCUGAAGGUCUUUGACUCACUUUCUAAUUUCUAAAUAAUGUACUUAAACAUUGCUUAGCAGCUUUAAUACUAAAUAACAAAGGAAACACCCUCUUUAAUUAUGAUAUCCAGCAUAUAACCGCAGUCGCUUCUUUUUAACUAAAUUACAGAUUACAUAUUUACUAUAGAAUACUCAGACAACUUAUUGCAAAUAAUCAAUACAAAUUAAAGCUAUUUACUCUAUGUAACACUUCCUCUAGAAUAAAAGAUAAAAUACCUAUAAAAUAUUUAAUGUUUUAUUCAAGGACACUAAAAUCAAAUUAAAGCUAAUUCAGACUAAUGUUAUAUUUUCACUAGCAUAGAUUCAUCAAAUACUUCUGUAGUCUUAAAAUUAUCUUUCUAAAUAAUAUCUUCUUCAUCACUCCAAUUAGUCGUCAGAAAUCUAAUAAAUCCAACAUCUUUUUUCCCUUCUAUUUAAGUAAAUGAGUUCUCCGUAAAAAUUAUGGAUUAUUCAAGCAGUCAAAUAAUAUGCUCAGAUGUCAAUUAUAGAAUACUCAAUCCUAAAUAUUACUCCCACACAAUAUAUUUUUAAAAUGCAUAUUCUCUAGCUAUUUAAGUAGGAGGACCAGCAGUGUUAUAUAGAGGUUUAAAAUAUGAAUACAAAAUUAUGUUAGAAGCUCCUGCAUACAAAUUAGCUAUAAAUCCCGUUGUAUUGAACUAUUUAACAUUGACUCCUAUUAAAUCAUCACAAAUACAGAUAACCCCUAGCUAGCUUUCAUUUGAGAACUUCUAAAAUUAAUUAACUUAAUCUUUCUUUUUAUCUUUUGCAUCUGAUUAUCCAAUAACCUCUGACUCACAAUAUUUUAUUUUAAGAUUCCAAUAAAUUUAAGACCCUUAAUUGGAUAAUUUUAUUAAUAUACCUGAUUUAAAUAUUUAAUUAUCAAGCGACCAAGCAAUUAAACCAGUAAUUACUAUAAAUCUAGAUAAUUUAGACAUUAAUACUUAAGGUUAUCCUUUCUUUAUAAGUAUUUCAAUAUCCUCUUUGCCAGCUCAACCAACGUAUUUAAGCUUAAUAGUUGAUCAAACAGAUAAGUUUUAUUCAGCAGAUUAUAUGACUUAUUUAGCCUUUUAGAACCCUAAAAUAUUUAUAACAAAUUCAACAGAAUACCAAUUUUAGUUAAGCUACUCUGGGAAAAAAAUUCCUUAACCUAUACCUUUAAUGCUAUAGAUAUUAACAUAAAGCUAAAAUAUCCUAAAUUUAUAUAAAUUUUAUCCUUCAAAUAAAUUUUAUUUAGUGUUUUCUUAUUCUCCUUAUUACUCUAAUAAUAUAGCAAGGAUAUAAAUAAUGACUUUUGUACCUGAUUAUAAUUAUUCUUAACUUCUUGGUAAACCUAUGGCUUAUCAAAUUUUGCCAUAAUAUAAUCCAUAAAUAAUGAAAGUUGUUUAAGAUAGCAUCAGCCAAACAACUGCUAGCUUUAUUUUAUUUGUUGAUCAACCUUGUAAAAUUAGCUAUAUAGUCACACUCGGUUAAGAAUAGAUAGAACCAAAUACCUAAAAUUUUUUGAGUAAUUACUAUUCAUUUGCUGUUAAUAUUGGAAGUGUAUUCACUAAUUAAUUUAAUCUUUAGUUGAUAGAAAAUAUGCAGUAAAUUUUACUUACAAAAUUAUAAGCCCAACAAAACUAUAUUGUUUAUUUUAUGGCUCAAAAUGCAAUGGGUUAUUCUAGUGUUUAUAAAUAAUAAUUCAAUACUAGCGAUAUUUCUUAACCAUGCUCUUUAUAUUUAACUUUUAUAGACAUAGUUAACAGCUAAACACUAAUUUUGGGUUUAUCUUCAAUACUGAGAAUCAGUCCAAAUAAUAUUAUUAGUUUACCUUCCUUGAAUGCUAGAAAUAGCAAUAAUUCUUCUUAUGGAUACCUACACACUAAGUAGAUGCUAAUAAUCCCUGAUGUUUGGGGAUCUUAUGAUCCGAAGAUAUUGCUUUAUUCAAGCUAAAGUCAAAUACUUAAAUAGCUAGACAGAUUUGUUCCAUCUUUUGAUAAAGCUAGUAUUUUAUCUAUUCAAGAAAUGCAGGUUUAAAUACCAGAGUUUACAUCUCCUCCAAUAAUAAUAAGCUAAAAUAUAUAUGAUGCUACUAUUUCAAUAAAUACAUAAGUCUAAUCCAUAGUGUUUGCCAUCUUCAUACCUGAAAUUUAAAUUAACAUCUAGCCUUAUUAAAUUACAAAUUGCUUGAAUGCAAACAAUUAAUAAGUAGAAUAAGUUAAUUGUAUUAAAGUAAGAUCAGAAACAUCUGGUUUCUCAUCUGUCUUUGUUGAUUUCCUAUAAGAAUAAACUACUUAUUAUGGAUACUUUACUGCCGCUGCACUUACUCCUUAUGAUAGCCCUCUGCAUAUAUCAAAAUAAGUUAAAAUGAUAUCUUUUACAACAAAUGCAAACUCAAUGUUUUAAAAAAUUGUAUUGACGUCAAUUUAACUUAAUUUUGCUGGUUAUGCUUCAUUCAUUAUUAUUUAAAUUUAGGAUAUUAUUACAAGGAUUAAGUAGGACUCAAUAGCUUAAAGUAAAUUUUGUAGAUACGAUUCAAAAUUAUUCAGUGAUGACACUCCAAGCGCAAUACCAGUUGACUAAGAUUAAGAUUUUGGGUAAUAAUCUAACAAAUUGAGUAGAUUAGAGUAACUCAUAUUUAAAGAGCAUUAUUAAAAGACAAUAGAUAAAGGAUAAAUUGAUUUCAAUUCUAAAGAGGACAGAGAUGUAUUAGUGACUGCUAUUUAAAAGAAAGUAAAGAGCUCUGCAGAAAAAGCAUUUAUCAUCUCUGCAAUUAGAUAAAUUGGUGUUUUUGUAAAUCAUCCUAUGAUUUUCGAAGAAGAAUCGUUAGUGACUUAGCUAUUUAGAGAAAUAAAAAUAUAGCGUUUUGAAAUGAGAGAUACAAUAUUCAACCAAGGCGAUAUUGGAGAUACCUAUUACAUGAUAAUAAAAGGGUAAGUCCAUUGUCUACUUCCUACUUCCAAGUUAUAACAAAAAGUAGAAGAAAUUUUAGUAAAAAAACUUAAAAAGAGGAAGAAAAGGGUUAUUGCAAAAUAAAAUUAAUCUCCUUAAAUGGUGGAUAAAAUGUUGGACUUAACAGAUGAAGAGUUUUUACAACAAAAAUUUCCAUCUUUUAAAUUGGUCAAGACUUUUAAAGAAUGGGAAGGUUUUGGAGAUAUAGCACUUAUUACUCAGUAAUAUAGGACAGCAACUAUGGUUUGUAAAGAAGAUUGCUAUUGUAUAACAUUAACAAGAUCAGGUUUUGAAAAGGUUAUAGGUGAACUGCAAAGAAAAUAAAAGCUCAUCUAGGUUAAAUUUUUAAAGUAGUUCCCAUUUUUUAGUGGGAUUCCUAAAUCAAAAUUAAUGAGUAUACUUAUGGAUUUUGAAGUAAUGAAAUACUCUAAAAAUAAGAUUUUAUUUGAAGAAGGACAACCAAUUUAGCAUGUCUUCUUUAUAUUGGAAGGAGAAGUUGAAAUUUAUAAAAAAUUUAAUUAUCAGAAUAAUUAAAGAAAUUUUCUCAUAAAUGAAGAGUUGAAAUAAUAAGCUUUGAUUUAAGCUCCUUCAAUUCUGAACUCUAAAAAUAAUACUUAAAGUAUUAGAUAAGUUGGUUUAAGAAUUUUAGGACCUAAUUCUUAUUGUGGCAUUGAUGAAAUUUUUAAUGGUAAGAAUGAAAGGGAAAACUCAGCGAAAUGUAUUUCCCCUAGUUCAACUAUCUAUAUUUUGAGCAAGGAUAAAUUUUUAGAUAGUCUUAAGGUCAAUAAAUAAUUAGAAAAAAAUAAUUAAGAUUGUAUUGAAAAAGAUGAUUUACAUCGUCAGAGAGCUUAAGAUGCAACUGUUGUAAUAUAGGAAAGCUUGUAAAAGAUACAAAGCAACAUAAGUAUUGCAAGCAAAUAAACAUUAGAUGAUACAGUUGAGAAAAGAAUUCAACCUUUAAUGAACCCUAGGGAUAUUAUCAAGGAAAGAUUGGUUUUAGUUAAAGAAAUAAGCCCAGAUAAAAGCUAAAAGAAUAUUAGCCAAACGAUGUCAAACUCAUCAAGAAAUAUCAGUGAUCUAAGCUUUUCAUCUAAUAAAAUGCUUAGUAGCAAACUUAAUUAGUAAACAAGUAGAUAAGCAUCUACUUUUAUAGAAGAGAAUACAUUAUCUUCACCUAUUUAGAAUAUCUAAUUAUUAAAAAAAUCCCUAUAAAAGGCUACCUCAAUUUUAUAUUAACCAUCUCAACAGGAUUAGUCAGAUUAGGAAAAGUCCAAUGAAACAGAAGAAUUUUCUAUAUUUUCAAAUAAAUAAAUAUGUCCCCUUUCUCCAAUUCAUUAAAAAAGUUAAAUUCAAAAACAGAUAUGUUCCACCUCAUAAAAGUUAAUAUUAGAUUAAGAAUCUCUUUAAUCUCCUCUUCAUACAAACCAUAAAAAAAGCUUAUCUUCAAGGUUAGGAUAUUUUUGCAACACAUAAUACUAAUUUUCUACAUAGCAACCACAGCAUUUGCAAUAAAAAUCUUAGUUUUCUAACAGUAUUUAAUUAAACUCAAAGGAAUUUUUAAAUGAAAGCACCUCCUUUUAAAAGUAGAAUGUAUAAAAAUUAUCAGAAUUAAUGAAGCAAAAGAUGGAGUGUAUGGAAAAGAUUAAUUUUUAGCAUAUGUAUAGAUCUUUGUCUUACAUAAAGAACAAUAGUAUUCUUAAAACAAUAAUAAAUUAGCAAGAACAUAAAAUAAAGCCAUCUAAUCACUUAGGUGAAUAUCUUAAUCAGCUUCAUUAACAAAAACUUAAUUCUACAAAUAAUUCAUAAAGUCUUCUUGCCAAUAACAAAGAAAAAAUAUCUACAGAGAAUCCACUUUUUUCUAUCCCUAAUGCAUCAAGCUUAAGAGAAAAGAUCAUUUUAAAACCACAAAAAUCUUAAAAAUAAAACCAAAUGCUAUUCUAAAAUGUCCCUCAAUAAACUCUUGAAAUGUAUAGCUAAUAGGAACUUGUAAGACUUUAGCACUUAAAUGAAAUGUAAAAAAAUAAAAGUAGUAAAAACUUCUUUAAAUAAAAGAACAUUCACUUCAAAAAUAAUUCAAUAUCUUACAAUACAAGCACUACAGCUGAGUAUAUUUAACAACAAAUGUUCUAAUAAAGGUCACGAAACAUAUCACCAAAUAACUUCUUCUAAGAGCUUUUCAAUAAAAAAAGACAAGAAAACAUUGUAUAAGCGUAGUAAAAACUGAAUAAAUUUGAAUAAGAAAAAAUGUAAGCAAGAUAGAACAUACCAAUUAAUUGGUAGCAAAAUGUUAUUUUUAAAGAUGAGCUGUUUUUAGAAAAUUUAAAUAAAUAAGAAUUAAAUGAAUCUCCUAUAAAAAAGUAUUUAGAAAAUAAGCAGUCAGAACUAUUAUUCAUGAAAACUUCUGAUAGCUCUAACUUUGACAUGAGUAAAUCUAAUGAAAAUAUUAGCAAAAACAUGGAUUUCGAUAGUAUACUAGAAUAAUCUUUACCUUUAAGCUCUCCUACUUAGAAAUCAAGGUUCAUUUAGUUUAAAAAAUUAUCAAAAAUAUCUAACUUAUAAGAUAAAGAAACAUAAUAAAAUAGAAGGAGCAUCCUGGACUUUAUUCAGUAAAUAAAUAGCGAAAAAACAUCUUGA